GCAGGGUUCAGAGAAUCACUAUGAGUGAAGAGACUUUUUUUGAGUGCAUUCAAAAAGCUGUUGCUAGCCCUUUAGAGCAUUUUGAAAGCAGCUUUCACAGUGAAUCUAAGGCAAUCAAUAAAGCCUUCCAAAAGCUUUAUUGAUUGCUUUUGAUGCACUGUGAUGCGCUGUUAAUUCUCCUGAUGUAAAAUUAUUUUCUUAUCAACAAACAAGAAGUAGGCCGUUUGUUGUAUCACACACGGUUGUCUAGUUAAAGCAAUGCCCCCUGUUGUCCAUAAGAUGGCAACAAAGAUUAAGUAAAUGGCAUUGAGGAUGAAAGGAUGAAAAACAACAAUCUGAAAGUCAAUAAUAGCGUCUGAGUGAUGUUAUGUUGACUCAUAAGAGGGCCAGUAUUCUACAGUUUAGAAAGCAGAUCAGGGUGGGAACAGGGUUGUAUGUAAGUGUUACUGGCUACGCAAAAGAAUAUUUCUAAAGGCCUCUGUUUUUUUUUCUUCAAUUAAAAAUCAUCCUACUUCAGCUUUUGGGUUCUGGUUCAGCCGUGGGCCCAUCAGCACUGUUGACAUGGCUAGUGAACACUGUAGCGUGGGAGCAAGAAAGACUGUUCUGCAUGUGCCAAUAUGGUACCUUUUGUAUGAGACAAUAAAGCACAUAGAAUCUCAUUAGCAUGACUUUUGAAUGAGCUUGUCUUUGUAACUGAGAAAGGGCAUCUGGGCUGUUUCUAUAUUUAUAUCUUAGAACUCAUAGAACACAUUAGCUAAUUAACUUCUGUCCCUCACAACUCAUUAGAAUGGUAUGUAAUCAUGAACCUUUGGCAUGCGGCCACAAAGAAAAUACCUCCAGUUCAUCAAAGGUCCAGAGAAGUGCCUAGGAGAUGAUCUCCCACAAGAGGCUAAUUAAUGGCAGCCAGCAACCCUUCAAAUGAGAAAGGAGCAGAAACAAGAGAAUUUGUGGUUUUGUGUCAUGUUUGUGGUUGGCCUGAAUGACGUCCAUCGGUGUGGACAUCACCAGAGAUAUAAAAGACAGUUGUUCUUCCCCUGGGGAGAUGAGAAAAUUAGAUGACUCCCCUUCAUACAAGCCAGAAGAUGACGUGGUUCCGCGCUAACUUCCAGAAAGCUACUGGGAUGGACACAUCUAACAGGAAAGUCCUGGUGCUGGUUUUGAUGUUGUUGCUGUCUCAACUGGCCUGUGAUGCUCACAGUGUGUCCGAGUGCUGCAGACAACCAUCUCGCUCCUGUCGCCUCUAUGUGUUGCUGUGUCGCUCUGGCAGCAAGACCUUUGGAGGACCUCUCACAGGAGAUGCCGCCGCUGGCAUCCUCACUCUUGGUAAACGGAAAGAGAAUGAGGAUCGCUUGCAGAGUCGCCUCCAUCAGCUCCUCCAUGGCUCCAGGAACCAAGCAGCAGGGAUUCUGACUAUGGGGAAGAGGACUGAAGAGAGGGCUGGAGAGCAGUACAUGGACUGGAUGGCUCGGUCAGGAACUACCAUCGCGACGCCCCUACCUGUUUUAAGUUAAACAGUAGUAUAAGCAUAGUGGGACUUUUAAAAUCUAGUUUAAAAAAAUAAUUUUGUGAUUUUCUUUGAACUGUGCCUUUUUGAAUGUGAUAUGAUGUGCUUUUGCAGAUAACAUUAUGAAGAUGUGUAAUGUUGUACAUAUGUAAAACACCUUGUGGUGUAAUAAAAAAUAUAUAGCUGACA